UUGCCAAUCCCAUCCAUCUUGCCCAUCUUGCCGAUUGUUCCUCCCGCACAGCCAACCCAUGGCGGUCGACAUCGACAUCACCUUCCUCGGCACAGCCAGCGCAAUCCCCUCGCGCACCCGCAGCCACUCCUCCCUGGCCCUCCGUGUCGACGGCUCCAUCUGGAUCUUUGAUGCCGGCGAGGGCACCCAGCAUCAGCUGGUCCGGAGCGACCUCAAGUUGGGCAAGAUCGAGCGGAUUUUCAUCACGCAUCUGCACGGGGACCAUGUCUUUGGUCUGCCGGGCUUGCUCUGCACCGUUAGCCAGAAGCAAGGCGCUCGUGACGACGCCCCCGGUGAUGGCGACAGCGACGCCGUGGAGGAUGGCCCGACCCAGAACAACAGCAGCAGCGGAACGGUGAUCGAGAUCUACGGCCCCGUUGGAACCCGGGCGUUUGUUCGCAACUCCCUGCGGUCUUCCUGCUCUCGGCUGCCGUGUCGGUUUCGAGUGCACGAGUUUCACGACAACCCCGAGACCGCCGAAUCCUCCACCGAAGCAGAUCUCCAUCCGGAGGAGCUCCCAGGCCGCAACCAGAUCGCCGAUAGCCCCUGCGGCAGCGGUGCUGCAUCGCUGUGGUCCCUCGAUCUUGGAGUCUUUGCCGUUCAAGUUGUCAGCAUCGCCCAUACCGUCCCAUCGCUUGGUUACAUUUUGCAAGAGGAGAGUGCUCCCGGCAACCUGGACGUUGCCUCGAUCCAGCCGCAUCUGAAUCGCAAUGCCAACGCAUUAAAGGCCCAAGGAAUCCGGAACCCGCUUUCGCUUCUCGCCAAGCUCAAGGCCGGAUCGACAGUGACUCUGCCGGACCAGACGAUGCUGGUUCCGGACGACUUCCUGUCCAAACCCACACCGGGACGCAAGAUCGUCAUCCUCGGCGACACUCACGACUCCAUGGCUGUCGCCCCCGUGUGUAUGGGAGCUACUGUUGUCAUCCACGAGGCCACCAAUGCAUGUCUGGAGCAGGACCGCCAAAACGGCGCCAGUGCCGAGGAGAUCGAAGUCAAGACGAUAGCGCACGGACAUUCGACCCCGCAGAUGGCCGGGAGGUUUGCGCGGGCCGUCGGCGCAAAGCUGCUGAUUUUGAACCACUUCUCCUCUCGAUACAAGGGCGACGAGUCUCCCGAAAGCAUGCUUGUUAUGGACGAGAUCCGGCAAUUGGCCCUAUCGACGUAUCUGCUGCCUGAGGAUCCCUCCGAGCCUCGAGAAGUGAUCACCGCGCGUGAUCUCAUGACUGUUGUCGUCCCUCGAAGACCAAAGCGAUCCAAGAGCUGAAGCGCACCCCAAAAGGCAGACACAUAACACCCCGUUAGUCCAUGUUUCAAAUGUGGGCCUGUCAUCAAUACACUCUCGUACACUCUA